AUGUCAUGCAGGAAAAGCUAUUUUAGAACACAAUUAAAGCAAAUAUCAAGCAUAGGCUGCUCAGAAAUAAAAGCAUGGUGUCUCGGAAGAAUCCCUAUCUUGGAGUGGGCUCCCAAGUACGACCUCCGACAAAACCUGAUUCCUGACUGUAUCUCUGGAACGAUGCUGACAGUUCACCAGGUGGCACACGGCCUAGCAUUUGCUGUGAUGUCAUCGGUUCAUCCAAUGUUUGGAUUAUAUGGGUCUGUGUUCCCCCCAUUGAUCUACGCUAUAUUUGGUAUGGGCCGACAUGUUUCCACAGGCACUUUUGCUAUUACAUCCCUGAUCUCUGCUUCAGCUGUUGAGAAGCUUGUUCCUUCGAACAAUGGCACUGCGUCUAAUGGCUCAUUGGGAGAUGUGGCUAUAUCUGAUUUUGAAAUGCAAAGAAUAGGAGUUGCUGCAGCUGUGACCUUUCUAGGUGGAGUCAUACAAAUGUCAAUGUCUUUGCUGCAGUUGGGGUGUGCCACUUUUCUCCUCUCAGAGCCUGUAGUCAGUGCAAUGACAACAGGAGCAGCGACUCACGUGGUGACAUCACAAGUCAAGUUCCUGCUAGGAAUGAAGAUACCUUAUAUAUCUGGACCAUUGGGAAUGUUUUAUAUUUAUAUCUACAUUUUCAAAAACAUCAACAUGAUCCAAAUAUCAGUGCUGCUGUUGUCCCUUCUGUCCCUCACAGUACUGAUUCUGACAAAAGAGCUGAACGAGAAGUAUAUAAAACAGAUCAAGUUUGUCAUUCCUAUUGACCUGAUAUUAAUGACUGUAACCUCUCUUGCUUGUUAUUUUGCCAAUAUGGAAGAGGAUUAUGGCAUUGAAGUCAUUGGAUAUAUUCCAAAAGGAAUUCCUCUUCCUCAGGCCCCAGCAAUGGAUGUUCUGCAGGAGGUCAUGGUGGAAGCCUUCAGUGUUGCAUUGGUUGGAUAUGCAGUUUCCAUAUUCCUUGCUUACAAUUCAGCCAGAAGGUUCAAAUACCCUGUUUCUGAAAACCAGGAGCUUUUUGCCCAUGGACUCAGCAAUAUCAUUCCAUCUUUUGUCUUCUGCAUACCAAAUGCAGGAGCUCCAGCUCGGACAUUCCUCCUAUAUAGCCGUGGUGCACAGACACAGGUUGCCUGUUUGGUAUCAUGCUUCCUUGUCCUCUUGGUCAUAUAUUUCAUAGUACCUUUUUUAUACUGGCUACCAAUGUGUGUAUUGGCAAGUGUCAUUAUUGUUGGAUUGAAAGGGAUGCUUAGACAGUUCCUAGAUUUGAAGAAAUACUGGAAUGUUGAUAAAUUUGAUUGGGUAAUAUGGAUUUGCACCUAUGUAGUAACAAUCUGCUUUGCUGCAAAUAUUGGUUUGCUGUUUGGAGUUGUCUUUAAUAUUGCAGUAGGAGCAUAUCGAUUAACCAAGUAA